GGUAAGCAGAGAAGAUCCAGGAAGCUGAAAGAUGACCAGAGCAGCCGUGUCCUUCGUCCUGGUCCUGGUGGCCUUGUCCUACACCUUUGCUAAAUAUGUCCCUAAAUCUGGCAAGAGGAUCCCUCAGACUCUGUCCAGAGGUUGGGGCGACCAGAUGAUCUGGGCUCAGACGUACGAGCAGGGUCUGUACUGGUCCAGGUCCAGGAACAAGCCUCUGAUGGUCCUGUUCCACCGGGAGGACUGUCCUCACAGCCAGGCGCUCAAGCAGGCCUUCGCCAACGAGGAUGAUAUCCAGAGAACCCUGGACGAGGACUUUGUGGUCCUCAAUCUGAUGCAUGAAACCACAGAUAAAAGCCUGUCCCCUGAUGGACAGUACGUCCCCAGGAUCAUCUUUGUGGGUAAGACCUGGUGUCUGUCCUCAGAGGACUCAGGGUACUGAGCCGACUUGAUCCGACCUGUUUAAACCAGAUCAGCAGCAUGGUGCAGUCUGGAACAGGCGGCACGUUCCAGCUCUCUCCCUGCUUCAACACACCUGAAUCUGAUGGUUCUGUCCUCACCAAGAACCGAGCAGAACCCAUGGUGGAGCAGAUCACUGCAUCUAGAGCCACUAUACUCUUCAAGCUCAGUUCUUUUCAAAAAUGACCCUCCACAUGUCAAAUUCCAAGAAGUCUGCUCAAACAUGCUGUCCUGAGUCUGUACCAGUGUCCAUAUACUGGAUUACUGGUUCAGGCACAU